AUGUCGAGUCAAUCCAGCAAACCCACCGUUCCUGUCGCUGAUUCAUGGGAAGACGAUGUUGAAGACAACCUUGAGGCGGAUAGCAAGGGUAAUCGUCUGAAACAGCCUGUAGCUACCACUGCACGCCCUUGUUCCGGAGCUCGCCAAACGGCAAUCUCUGGCAGUACGACUCGACCUUUAUUCAACCCGGACGGAUCGUUGAAUGAUGGCACUGCACCGCUCGAGUCCGCCAAGACGUCCUCAAAUAGCGAGGAGCGAAGGCCAGAUAAAACCACAGCCAUAGCGUCACGGCUCAUUGCGGCAGCCAUUGGUCAGCGACCAGCGCAGCGGACCAAGGAGCAACGAGAGUAUGACCAGGCGAUGAAGAUUCAAGAGAAAAAGAAACGCGACCAGGCCAAGGAGAGAGAGCUACAAGCACAGCGAGAGAAAGAAAAAGCCAAGCAGGACAUCUGGGGCGAUUGA